UAUGGCCUUCUACAGUUAUAAUUCAUUCUUAGCUAUUGCCCGAACAAGAUUCUCUAGCCAUUUCGUCCCUCCUACCUGCUCUCGUUAUUCCCCAUCACUUGCAUUUCUUCACUUGCCAGAUUUCCAUUUAAAUAAGACACAUAUGAAGAACUAUGGAAGCAAGAGGUACUCCUACCCUAGUCGGUUAGGCAGUAAAGUACUUCAUUUACAAACUAGACUCAUACAAAAGCUGCAUACAUCAACUUGCUUGCUACAAGAGGUCCCUCGUAAACCUCAGCUGGAGCAAACCACAGAAAAGCCACAGAUGACAAGCUCUCAGCCCACAAAAGAAACUGGCACAAAGGUUAAAGAAGGAAAGCCACCUUUUAGACAAAAAAUCGUGGAUGAACUUAAAUAUUAUUACAAUGGAUUCUCUUUACUUUGGAUUGACACCAAAGUUGCUGCCAGAAUGGUUUGGAGGCUGUUGCAUGGACAGGUGCUGACCAGACGAGAGAGACGAAGGCUGUUGAGAACUUGUGCUGAUUUCUUCCGCCUGGUUCCAUUUAUGGUGUUCAUUAUUGUACCUUUCAUGGAAUUCUUAUUACCAGUGUUUGUGAAACUUUUCCCAGAGAUGUUGCCAUCAACUUUUGAAAGUGAAUCAAAAAAGGAAGAAAAGCAGAAGAAAAAAAUGGCUGCAAAGUUGGAACUAGCAAAAUUUCUUCAAGAAACAAUUACAGAAAUGGCAAGGAGAAACAGAGCCAAAUUAGGAGAUGCCUCUACACAGCUCUCAUCCUACGUAAAACAGGUCCAGACAGGCCACCAGCCUAGCACAAAGGAGAUAGUUCGCUUUUCCAAACUAUUUGAGAAUCAGCUAGCCCUGGAGCACUUAGAUCGACCUCAGCUGGUUGCCCUUUGCAAGCUGCUAGAGUUGCAGACCUUUGGAACCAACAAUUUGCUCCGCUUUCAGCUCCUGAUGAAACUGAAGUUGAUAAAAGCAGAUGAUGAAAUAAUUGCUAGAGAAGGAGUGAGGGCUCUCAGUGUGUCAGAACUGCAAGCUGCCUGCAGGGCCCGGGGCAUGAAGUCACUGGGUCUCACCGAGGAACAGCUGCAACAGCAGCUCACAGAGUGGCAGGACCUCCACCUGAAGGAGAACGUUCCUCCAUCUCUUUUGCUCCUGUCACGCACCUUCUACCUGAUAGAUGUGAAGCCAAAGCCAAUUGAGAUACCACUAAGCGGGGAGGCUCCAAAGACAGAUAUUCCUGUAGCAUCAUCUACUUCCUCUGAAUCUCAAGAGAACACAGUGGAUUCUGUACCUCAACUGAAGAGAACUAAGGAUGAAGAAUUUAUACCACCGCCACCAGUUACAUCAUCAUCCAUACCAUCAACACUUCUUUCAUUACCUAAAGGAUCCAUCACUUCUAAAGAAGCUACACUCCAGGCCAAAUCACAAAAGACAUCCCAGAACAGCAAGGCUAGUCACAAAGGAGCAUAA